UUUUGCUCUCUCUCGCGUUGUGCUAUAUAUAAAACCCCCUUCCCUGACCUUCUUCUCUUGUGCCCUAUUGAAACCAAAACCUAGCUCGGAGACAAAAAAGAGAGAGAGAAACUUAUGGCGCUUCGCAGAACCCUAGCUGGCCGCUUCCUCCACCUCGCCAAGCUUUCCUCCCCCGACCCCCAAAUCCGGCCCCCACCAAAUUCCCCCUUCCUCCUCCGCCGCCGCCUCCUCCAGCGCCGCCCCGUCGUCCCCCCCGACCGCCUCCUCCUCCUCCCCUCCGGCGACCGCCUCCUCGACCGGAUCCGCGGCAUCAACCCGGACCGCAUUCGCCUCGGCGGUAUCUCCCCGCCGCCGGCCGAGAAGGUGAAGGAUGAGACGGCGGCGGAGAGAGGGAUCACGGUGGAGGAGGCGAGGAAGGUGCUGAGGGCGUCGCAGAUGGAGGCGGCGAGGGCGAGGCUGAGGGCGAUCCCCAUGAGCUGCAUCCCUUACUCGGAUUUCCUCCAGAUCUGCCGCGACGCAUCCGGCGGCGAGCAGGGGGCCGGGAUCGCCCGCUCGCUCGACGAGGCCGGCGCCGUCAUUGUCUUGGGGAACGCCGUCUUCCUCCGCCCCGAAUCGGUAGCCAAAGCAAUUGAGAAUGUGAUCCCUCUGUCGAUGACUCAACCGAAUGACCCUCGGCGGAAGGAACUAAGAGAGAUGGAGGAGAAGAAGGCGGAGAUCGAUCGGAAGGCAGUGGCUCGGGUGAGGAGGGAGCUCUGGUGUGGGUUGGGAUUUUUGGUAAUGCAGACGGUUGGAUUCAUGAGGCUGACUUUCUGGGAGCUGUCAUGGGAUGUUAUGGAGCCUAUUUGCUUCUACGUGACCUCCGUCUACUUCAUGGCUGGCUAUUUCUUCUUCCUCAGGACUUCCAAAGACCCUUCCUUUGAGGGCUUCUUCGAGAACCGCUUUGCUGCAAAGCAGAAGCGUCUCAUGAAGGUCUGCAACUUCGAUCUCCACCGCUUCAAUGAGCUCAGGACAGCUUGCCCCCUCCCUUCUCCAUCAUCACCUUCAGAAGAAUUUCCUUCCUCUGCUUGUAUGAGAAAAGGAUGUUGAUUGAAGUUGUGCAUUAAUUAAACUGUGUAGAUUCUGAUUUAAAAACUCAACUUCAAUCCUUGUUCGAGAUGAGUUGUUAAAUGAGCAAAAUAACCAACAUUAGACCCAAAACUAAAAAGGAUCAUUCU